AUACGGCACGUUGCUUUUCGUGCAUGUCGCGACUAUACGAAUCAGUUUGGCCGGCGCUUUCUGCCAUCUACAGGAGGCCGAAGAAUUUCACGGAUAGAUGUAAUGAUGAAGAUCUCGAUCCCCGACACGUCCCUUUCACUUACUGCCCAACAAUCUGCAUACGAAUGUGGGAAGAGCCUACAGUUGCUGGUUGCUAACU